AUAACAACGUUGGGAAAUGCGCCCCCCUUCGCCCCACAGGAUCUCUCACGGUGUCGGUUUUCGUUCCUCUCUUCUCUUGGGUUUCACCUCUCUGUUGUUUUCCUUCUAUUUCCUUCGUUUAAUUUGACGGGCGCCGCCACCGCUCGGGCUCACACACGGACGGACACCACUCGAGAGAGGAGCGGGAAGGUUGAAGAACGGGAAAAAUAGAUAAACAAGCAACCUGCUGAAGACUUUCGCCUUUAUACUCGAAAACAAACUUGUUUUUUUUCUGUCUCUCUGUCUGAGAUUUUCGAAUUUUUUUUUUAAAUCAAGAACUCGAGGGAGACAGUGUUUCGCCUCUUGUACUGCAUUAAUAGUUACUACUUUACGAUCGUCGAUUUUUUUCUAUGGUCUUUUAAUAUUUUUCAUUGUGAUGUGCUUGGGCGAGGAGAGGUUUAAUGACAUUUGGAAGGAUUAAAAAGGGGCGUAGGGUCAACUCGUCAGAACGGAAGGUAUCAGAUCAGCAUUUUCCCGUCUACGGAACCGGGGUGCCAACUACCCGAAUCAGACACAAAAGGAUGACAAGUCGCCGCAAAAGCUCAGCGAGGAUGUGAUAGCGAGCGCUUCGACGGCACUUCGCCGUCUCCACUUUCGCGGGGCUUCACGAAAGGCGAAACUGCAGUCGUCGCUCGAGUCGACCAACACCUCGACAGACUCGUCGAACACAGUGAUCACGAUGGUUACGGUGGACACGGACGACGAGGGCCCCCAGGGUGGCAGCAUCCAACUCCCGGACGACCGUCAGCCGUCCCCCCCGCCGAGCAAGUUGCCCCCGAAGCGUCUGAAGAUCCUGAAGCGCUACGCGAGGACGAAUCUGGAAGAGGAGAGGACACCGCACGGCAGAGGCAGUUCCGGCUUCGCGGCGGAGCAGAUGACCAUCGACUCGGAGUUCGGCGACUCGGUCGACCUCCGAAGUUCGCCCCCACUUCCGGAUUCGCCGACCAUAAAGACCAAGAAGGAGAUCACUUGUAUCUUAAUUCAGCAGCCAUCUGUCUGCGGCAACUCCCCGGAAAGAGAAGAGCCCGUCGACCUCAGAAGCCAGAAGAGGAAGGAAAACAUGCGCCUUCUAGAAGUCGCCACAACCCUCACCGUAGACCAGCUCCAGGAAUUCGACAUGAAAUACGGUUCGCCGCACCACUCUAGGAGUCAGUCAGUGAGGGUUUCGAAAACAGAUCGACAUCCCGAAUACGGAUCGCCUCACCAUUCGCGGAGCCAAUCGGUGAGGCCGAGGGCGAGGCCGAACUUCCUGAGCCUGCCUCAGGCCAGGACGAGGGUCGCCUCGAUGCCCAACACCGGAGUAGAGGAGACCUUCUACCGCCUCAGGCACUUUUCCAUCACCGGGAAGGGCGUCGUGAACAAAGGGGACAGCCUGAGGACGAGACGGCCCAAAUCGAAGGAGUCCGUCGCUUCCACUCCUCCGAGCAGCGGAAAGCAGACCUGCCCGAGCUCGAGGCAGUCCUCCGUACUCUCUUGUUCCAGCAACGAGGGUCAGAACAGCUACAAAGUGGUCAUGCUGGGCUCUUCCGCCGUAGGAAAGACAUCUCUCAUUUCUCAGUUCAUGACUUCCGAGUACCUUCAUUCGUACGACAACAGUAUAGACGACGAGUUCGGUGACAAAACUGUUUCCGUUCUACUUGACGGGGAAGAGUCAGAGUUGAUGUUUGUCGACCAUUCGAGCCAACAGAUGUCUCCUACGACCUGCGUGGAAAACUACACAAGCGGUCUGCACGCGUACUGCGUCGUUUACUCCACUUCUGACAGGAACAGCUUCAAAGUGGCGGAAGUGCUGCUUCAGAGCCUGUGGAAGCGAGACAUAAUCGGGUCGAAGGCGGUGAUCCUCGUCGCCAAUAAGACUGACCUGGUGAGGUCGAGGGUGGUGACGAGCGCGGAAGGGAAGAACCUCGCGACCGACUACGACUGCAAGUACAUCGAGACUUCGGUCGGCUUCAACCACAACGUGGACGAACUUCUCGUCGGCAUAGUCUCGCAGAUAAGGCUGAAAAAGGAGAAGAAACCCGGGGACGCCGCCGAGGCCUCUCCACCGCCACCUUGUCUCAGCAAGCGCUUCCCGAAGGCCAGGAACGCCCGCACAUCGGCAAGUCUCAAAGUCAAGGGCCUCCUGAGCAAGGUCUGGGCCCGCGACUCUAAAUCAAAGUCCUGCGAGAAUCUUCACGUUCUCUAGUGCGGCUUUAUAGCGCAAAAACUAUUUCCGCCCUGUUUAGGGCUUUAGUCCUUAAUUGUCACAAACGCUCACCCAACCGUAUAGGACCAGUUUUGACGUUAGGGCCGAGGCCCCUUUUUUCUACAAAUUCUCAUCCGGUUAAUCCCCCUGUACGCCCAGGUUUUCGGUACGGAGUUCCUCUCAGUAGGCCAGCCUUAAUUCCGAGUUUAACAAUUGAAUAAUUGGAACACAUAACGUGUUUGUGUUUCUUAGUGACCAGUUGUUUCAUAAUUAGUUCGUGAAGUCGUGAGUAGCGGCCAAGAAAGAGGUAGUUUAGAAAAACACUUUUUUUGCCGACGUUUCGACUUUUAUUUGUGUCAUCUUCAGG